AUGGGCGGGUGCUUAUCGGUGGAGGUGAUUGCAGAGAGCGCGCCCAGUUCGCCCUUCGGUAACGUCACAUCCACCACCCCUAGAUCCCGCGCUCAUUCCGUCGCCUCCAGCCCUGGUGGUAACCAGCGUUACGCGACGGGGUUUUCGCCACGAACGCCGAGGGAAGCUGGCGAUGAGAGCGAGGCGGAGGGUAACGGAGCAGGGGGCGGAGGGGUGGCGGGCGGAGGGGGGAAGUUCAGAAGGGGAGCGGGGAGGGGGAAAAGGGUGGGGAGCGGGGUUGGGGGAGCGAAGGCCGUGUCUAGCGGCGGGGGGAGAGGGGGCGGAGGGGAGGGAGGGGAAGGAGGGUGGGGACGGGGAGCGGAGAGGCAGGGGGGGGCUGUAGGGAGGGGGAAUGGGAGAGGGGAAGGAGGGGAUGGGUACGGCGGAGGUGGAGGGUUGGCAGCACCGCAGAGUGUGCCUGUGGGGAACGCAGAUGGUGGCACAGCAGCAGGCGGAGCCCCCUUCCCGCCCCUUUCCUGGCCCUUCCCUUCCCCACCCUUCCCCCACCCUUUGCUGCCCCCUCCCCCCUCUGCCCCCCUUGCCUGCCAACAUGUGUCUUCACGGGGAACCCUAGACCCCACUCCCACCAACCAACUCUGCCGCCUUGUUCCCCCCCUUUCCCCCCAUUCCCUCCCACCUCAGACCCCACCUCCACUGCACCAACCAACUCUGCUGCCCUCUUUCGCCCCUUCCGCUUCCCCACCUCAGAUGCCACCUCCGCCAACUCUGCAACCCUUUUCCUGCCCUCAACCUCGCUUUUUUUUCCCCUCUUUCUCCCCCUUCCCUCCCACCUCAGAUGCCACCUCCACCAACUCUGCCGGCCUCUCUGCCGCCCAGUCGAUGUCGUCAGACGGGCGGGGCACGGCCCGCAAGUUCCGGCUGCACGAGCUGCGGACGGCGACGUCGUCUUUUAGCAAGAAGGCGGUGCUGGGGCGGGGCAGCUUCGGGGAGGUGUAUCUGGGGAAGCUGGGCGGGAAGGAGAGCAGGGAGGUGGUGGAAGUUGCAGUCAAGAAACUCAACCCGGAGAGCUCACAAGGGUUGGAUGAAUGGCUGGCGGAGAUAGUGCUAUUGAGGAAGCUGCAUCACCCGAAUCUGGUCGAGCUCAUAGGCUACUGUGCGGAGAAGGGCGAGGCGUUGCUCGUGUAUGGGCUGUGCCCAAAUGGCAGCCUGGACGACCGGUUAUUUCCCCGGCGAGAGGUCGACAUUAUUGACUGGCCCACGCGUGUGCGGAUAGCGCAGGGAGCAGCGCAGGGGCUGCUGCAUCUGCACGAGAACAAAGUCAUUCACCGCGACUUAAAGCCCUCCAACAUCUUAUUGGAUCAGGACAUGCAAGCACGCAUUACAGACUUUGGCAUGGCGAAGCAGUCAGCCAGCAGUGUGAGCCACAUCUCGACGCGAGUGAUGGGCACCAUGGGGUACCUGGACCCUGAAUACAUGGAGACUGGUUGCUUGCGAGACAAGAGCGACGUGUACUCAUUGGGUGUUAUCCUGCUACAGAUGCUCACAGGCCGAGACGCUGUUUCCAAGGAGGGAAACGUGAAGCUAGUGGCGUGGAUGGGGCCGCACCUGUACCCCAACAUCACCGAACCCGAGGCUUGGGUCGACCCGAACCUGCAGGGCAGGUUCUCCCGCCGGGGCGCCAAGAUGCUGGCAGCCGUGGCAAAGCAGUGCUCCGCCCGGCACAAGGAGGAUCGGCCGGAGAUGAGUGACGUGGCACAGGCACUCAUGUCCGUGCCUCUCGCUGAUUGA